CCGGGUUGAGGUGUCUCUAGCGGGCAUCUCCUGGCUCUUCCGGGUCUGGGCUCGGGGACGCGGAGGCGGCCGCGAGGCAGAGCGAGGGGCGGUGGCCAUGAGGCGGCCGCGGGGCCCGGCGGACUCUGGAGGUUGAGCCCGCCGCCGUCCCUCGGCACCUCCUCCAGGCAGCCCCCCAUCCCGCGCGCGUCGUCCCGCCGUCCCUCCUAGGGGGCCCUCCCUGCCCGCGGCGCCCACGUCGUCCCCGCUGUCGUCCCGGCACUCGGGCUGCGGCUCUAGGGCCGGCUGUCCAGUGACCCCCGGGGCACCGGCCGGAGCCAGGCCUUGCGGGAGCCGGGGGUCCCGGGCCCCCAGACCCCCACUAUGACCCCGGCCGCCGCCUCCAACUGGGGGCUGAUCACCAACAUAGUGAACAGCAUAGUGGGGGUCAGUGUCCUCACCAUGCCCUUCUGCUUCAAACAGUGCGGCAUCGUCUUGGGGGCGCUGCUCCUGGCGUUCUGCUCCUGGAUGACACACCAGUCGUGCAUGUUUCUGGUGAAGGCCGCCAGCCUGAGCAAGCGGAGGACCUACGCCGGCCUGGCGUUCCACGCCUACGGGAAAGCGGGGAAGAUGCUGGUGGAGACCAGCAUGAUCGGGCUUAUGCUGGGGACCUGCAUUGCUUUCUACGUUGUGAUCGGUGACUUGGGGUCCAACUUCUUUGCUCGACUGUUUGGGUUUCAGGUGACCAGCCACUUCCGUGUCUUCCUGCUGGUGGUGGUGUCCUUGUGUAUCGUGCUGCCGCUGAGCCUGCAGAGGAACAUGAUGGCCUCCAUCCAGUCCUUCAGUGCCAUGGCGCUCAUCUUCUACACCGUGUUCAUGUUCGUGAUCUUGCUGUCCUCACUCAAGCACGGCCUCUUCGGCGGGCAGUGGCUGCAGCGGGUCAGCUUCGUGCGCUGGGAGGGCAUCUUCCGCUGCAUCCCCAUCUUUGGCAUGUCCUUCGCCUGCCAGUCCCAGGUUCUGCCCACCUAUGACAGCCUGGACGAGCCCUCCGUGAAGACCAUGAGCUCCAUAUUCGCUUCCUCCCUCAACGUGGUCACCACCUUCUACGUCACGGUGGGGUUUUUCGGGUACGUCAGUUUCACCGAGGCCAUCGCCGGCAACGUGCUCAUGAACUUCCCCUCCAACCUGGUGACAGAGAUGCUGCGCGUGGGCUUCCUCAUGUCUGUGGCCUUCGGCUUCCCCAUGAUGAUCCUGCCCUGCAGGCAGGCCCUCAGCACCCUUCUCUUCGAGCAGCAGCAGAAGGAUGGCACCUUUGCUGCAGGAGGGUACAUGCCUCCUCUCCGCUUCAAGGCGCUCACCCUCUCGGUGGUGUUUGGAACCAUGAUCGGUGGAAUCCUGAUCCCCAAUGUGGAGACAGUGCUCGGCCUCACGGGAGCCACAAUGGGGAGCCUCAUCUGCUUCGUGUGUCCCGCCCUCAUCUACAGGAAGGUCCACAAGAAGGCCCUCUCGGCCCAGGUGGUCCUCUGGGUCGGCCUGGGCGUCCUGGUCAUCAGCACAUACACCACCCUGACCGUGGGCGAAGAGACCCCUGUGGACUUUGCAGAGGAGACCGCCGACGGCCGGCUGGGGGAGGUCGAGAGCGGCAAGAAGGCGGAAGCGGCCCGGCUGUCAGCCCAGGACCCGGUCGCGGAGGUGGCCAAGGACUCCCGCAACGAGCUGAAGCUGCCCGGCAUGAAGGACGAAGCGGAGCAGGCUCAGAUCAAGGGCCCCGUGGAGGUGCCCCCGCGAGGAGACGUCAAGGAGAAGCCAGAGGAGGCACAGCUGGACCGCCCAGGCCAAGGGGUUGUUGUGCCCCUGGGGGAGGCCCACCGUCACGAGCCCCCCGUCCCACAUGACAAGGUGGUGGUCGACGAAGGCCAGGACCAGGACAGACCAGAGGAGAGCAAACACGCCUCCAAACACGCAGGCGAGGAAGCCCCGGGAGGCGUGGAGCCGGGCGCACGCCCCCUGCCGGACGUAGGAAGAGAGAGGCGGGCGCCCGAGCGGGGAGAGGUGCUGCAGGAAGUGGCUGGCCCUCCUGAGCAGCUCCAGAAGGCUCCAGAGGCCAACGGCCAGCCAGCUGUCCAGCCUGCCCGUGAGGACCUGGGGCCCGGCAACAGGGAUGGCCACCCAGGGCCCCCGCCAGAGCUUGUGGAGGAGCAGGAGGUCCCAGUGGCAGGAGGAAGGGGGAAGGCAGACCGUGUCCCACCACCGGGUCCCGCCGCGGAGCAGAGCGGCCCUGGUGGGAAGGCUGUCCUCCCGGCAGACAGACCUGAGCCCCCGGCAGGGCUGCCAGCCGAGCUGCGGGAGCAGAGGCACGUCGAGGGCCAGGACAACGCCGGCAGCAAGCUGGAGGGCGCCGGCAAGGCGGAGCUGCUGGACCACGCGGUGCUGCUGCAGGUGAUCAAGGAGCAGCAGGUGCAGCAGAAGCGGCUGCUGGACCAGCAGGAGAAGCUGCUGGCGGUGAUCGAGGAGCAGCACAAGGAGAUCCACCAGCAGCGGCAGGACGACGACGAGGAGCGGCCCCGGCCGGUGGACGCGCAGGACGAGCCGGGGCCGGUGGCGCGCCGUGACAAGGACAGGGAGAUCCCCGCCGGAGAAGCCGGGCAGGACCUGCAGGCUCAGGCCGUGCAACUUGCGCCCAGAGACCGCCCGGCAGCCCCCAAAGAACACGGCCCGCGGGCCGCGGGGGAUCCGCAGGGGGCCGCGGUCAGAGGCGCAGCCGGCCUUCCUGAUAGCGGCGCGGACGCAGAGCCCCGGGCAGCCCAGGCCAAGGAGGGGAAAGGCCAGCAGGGCGCCCCGCAGGAGCAGGAACCGCCGCCCAGGGGCCCGGAGCUGGCCGCUGCGCAGAAGCCCGCCGUGUCGCCCGAGCCCCCCCGGCAAGGUCGGGGAGCCCUUGGUGGAGUCUCCCAAGAAGGGAAGAAACCUGGAAAGGAGGCGGCGGCCAUCGCCGCUGAAGUUGGGAAGGAGGCCGCUGCGCCCGGGGCGGGGGUGGAGGCUCCGCAGGUGAGACGAGACCAGGGGCCUGCGGCGGACCUGGCCCACGAUUCCAAGGGAGGAGCAGCCCCUCGGGCCCCGUCAGCGUCCGAACGCCGGGGCGCCUCUGACGGGGGUCGGGGCCAGGCCCAUCACCCGGAGGCUGGGAAGGAGGGGCUCGGAGGGGACCCCGCCGCGCAAGAGCCCGAUCUGAGGCUGGAGCCCGAGCCGGGGCCCAAGGUGGCCGCCCCAGAGGCCCCGAAGCUGGACAACGCCAAGCCAAACCGCGACCUGAAGGUGCAGGUGGGCGCUGAUUUGCGGCGGCGGCGCCGGGAUCUCGCCCCAGACUCGGGGCAGGACGGCGUCCUCCUCAGCCUCCACCCCCUGCUGGGGCUCGGGGCCGACAGCCUGCGUGGUGCCCUGGAGGCCCAGCUGCACCAGGCGGCGCAGGGGGUGGCGCAGGUGGUGCGGAGCCGGCAGGUGAAGCAGGUACUGGGGGCCUUGGAGGAGGCGUGAGUGUCUCCUGCGAGCCGGGCCUGAGUUGGGCCAGCUCACUCGCCUGGCUUGGUGUCUCACAGCGUCAUCCAUCCUCCCUGCCCGGCCGGAGGCUGCCGCGCCCCCCACCCCCACGCCCUCCGCGGAGCUCACCGGACCCAUUACGCCCUUUCCAGAGCGGCCCCCUCCUGCCCUUCUGUUGGCUUCCUACUUCAUGGCUGUGACUAAAAGAUUCCUCCAACGUCCCACUGGACACUUGGUCCUGUCAGCCUGAGGAGGGCCGCUCUGGCCCUGAGCCCCACCUUGGACACGCCACUCCAGGUGGCCCCUGUGUGUCAGACCAGUCCCACACUCCCGCAGCCCACCUCCCACCCUCAGUGACCUGGCCCUAUCAGGCCUCAGAGCCAACUGACCACAAAGCUCAUUAGUCAGGAGUUCCAUGGUUUCCCUGGUGUCCUCUGAGCAGCGUAGAUACUCUCCAAUGAACACUGCCUGCCGCUGCCCGCAGGGACACGUGUGAGCUGCUGGGGGGCCGUGUCUGCCUCUCCACCUUCCCCAUGAGUUUAUUUUUAACCAAUAAAACAACUGAUAGCUGGAAA